CACAAACGUCUAGCUGCUAGAAAUGUGUUGUUGAACAACUCCUUACAAGCAAAGAUUGGAUGUUUUGGACCGAGACAUAGAGACAAAAUUUCACAUCCUUUCCAAAGGGAAAGGAUGCCCAUCCAGUGGUUUGCUCCCGAGAGUCUUGCUGAGAUGAAUACGUAUUCCACAGAAAGUGAUGUGUGGUCUUUUGGGGUAACUGUAUGGGAAAUAUUUUCGUUAGGUGAUCUCCCUUACAUAAACUACAACAACAUGGAAAUAAUAGACCUGCUGAAAGAAGGGUUUCGCCUACGUAAGCCGAUGUACGCUGAUGCAAGGUUUUAUGAUAUUAUGAAAUCAUGUUGGAAAAUGAAGCCAGCCAACAGACCAACAUUUUCUUCCUUAGUGAUAGAACUGACGAAUAUUACUAAUUUACAUGUAGAGACAAAGGAAUAA